AUGCAAUACCUUCUCUUUUAUGGGCAGGUGGUGCCCCUUGCCUUGUGUAAUGAUCACUGCCAUCCAGGUUACAGCAGACAAAGGAAAGAGGGGGAACCAUUUUGCUGCUAUGAUUGUACUCCAUGUCCAGAAGGGAAGAUUUCAAACCAGACAGAUAUGGAUGAUUGCUUCCAGUGCCAAGAAGAUCAGUAUCCCCACCAAGAGAGAAACCAAUGCAUUACCAAGAAAGAAAACUUCUUAUCUUAUGAAGCACCUUUAGGCAUCAGUUUGGCUCUUCUGGCUCUGGCUUUUUCUGCAACUACAGCUUUGGUGUUUGGAAUCUUCAUCAAACAUCAAAAGACUCCCAUUGUCAAAGCCAACAACCGGAAUCUCACCUACACCCUGCUCAUCUCCCUCCUGCUCUGCUUCCUCUGCUCCUUGUUAUUCAUUGGCCGCCCCCAGUUACUGACCUGCAAUCUACGACAAACUGCCUUUGGUAUCAUCUUCUCAGUGGCUGUUUCCUCUGUUUUGGCUAAAACCCUCACUGUGGUUCUGGCUUUCAUGGCUACCAAGCCAGGAUCCAAGAUGAGGAAAUGGGUGGGGAAAAGAUUUUCAACCUCUAUUGUUCUUGGUUGUGCUUCUGUCCAGGGAAGUAUUUGUAUAGUAUGGCUCUGUACUGACCCUCCUUUUCCAGAUUUGGACAUGCACUCUCUGCCAAAGGAAAUCAUAGUGGAAUGCAAUGAAGGUUCAGCCAACAUGUUCCACUAUGUUCUCGGUUACAUGGGGUUGCUGGCUCUUGUCAGCUCCGUUGUGGCUUUCUUUGCUCGGAAGCUGCCAGACACUUUUAAUGAAGCCAAAUUUAUCACUUUCAGCAUGUUGGUGUUUUGCAGUGUGUGGCUUUCUUUUGUUCCAACCUACUUAAGCACCAAAGGGAAGUACAUGGUGGCUGUGGAGAUCUUCUCCAUCUUGGCCUCCAGUGCUGGGACCUUGGGUUGUAUCUUCUCCCCCAAAUGCUAUAUUAUUGUCUUCAAGCCUGAACUCAACUCGAAAGAGCAGCUAAAAAAGAGAAAUAAUACACAACAAAUAAAGACCUACAGGAUUCCCGUUCCAUGGUACAACGUGAAAUUUGGCCUUCCUAAUGGUCUUACGUUCUUGACUUCUCUAAUUUAA